UCCGAAUGAUGUUCCAAUCGACAUCGCAUAUAUAUUAUUUUUAAAAAAAGUGGUGCAAGAGGAUGUGUUGUCUAAUUACUACUUGGAAAAUAACAGACUGUAGGCCAUGUCUUGGACAAAUUGUAACAGGAAGGAACUGUAGGCCAUGUCUUGGACAAACUGUAACAAGAAGGGACUGUAGGUCAUCUCUUGGACAAGCUGUAACAAGAAGGAACUGUAGGCCAUGUCUUGGACAAGCUGUAACAAGAAGUAACUGUAGGCCAUGUCUUGGACAAGCUGUAACAAGAAGGAACUGGAUUAUUAUUAAAAGCUUCAAACUAUACGCCGUAUUCCAAGGAUAUUUGCAUCUGAAGGCUCAAGAAACACCAAGCAGAGGUUUUCUGUAGAUUCGGAUAUUUGCAUCUGAAGGCUCAAGAAACACCAAGCAGAGAUUUUCUGUAGAUUCGGAUAUUUGCAUCUGAAGGCUCAAGAAACACCAAGCAGAGGUUUUCUGUAGAUUCGGAUAUUUGCAUCUGAAGGCUCAAGAAACACCAAGCAGAGGUUUUCUGUAUAUUCGGAUAUUUCCAUCUGAAGGCUCAAGAAACACCAAGCAGAGGUUUACUGUAGAUUCGGAUAUUUGCAUCUGAAGGCUCAAGAAACACCAAGCAGAGGUUUUCUGUAGAUUCGGAUAAUGACGCAAAUUGUACACGUCUUCUAAUGUAUGACGUCAUUAAAUCUGACAUUGUACGGUGAAAUCUCCCAAAUGGUACGAGGCGUUUAUUCAUUGGUUAAAGAGGUCUGAGCUCUAGUUAAAGAUUAAAGUGAGAAAAAAGAACUAAUUUAAAAAUCAAUACAAAACCUAAACCAGAAUAAUAAAAAAAUACUCUCUCUAAUCACCAAUUAAAUUCACUCCUGUCCUAUUUAGUGC